GUACGAGAGUGAUGCUUUAUAUCUGUUCAGCACUUUAGAGCUCGGAGACACUCGGUAAUCCUAAAACAAGGGUGUUUUCUAACAUGUCUGUGCAUCAUCUCUCAAUGCACAGGGACCACCACCUAAUGGGAAAGCCCAGUGCUCAGAUCUUUGAGCAGCCCAAACAGAGAGGCAUGCGCUUCAGGUACAAAUGUGAGGGACGCUUAGCAGGCAGCAUACCAGGAGAAAGAAGCUCUGAUAAUAACAGAACCUACCCCAGCAUUCAGAUUCUAAAUUUCUCCAGAAAAGGAAAAGUACGUGUUUCCUUGGUUACCAAAAGCGAAUCAUACAAACCACAUCCACAUGACCUGGUGGGUAAAGACUGCAAGGAUGGUUAUUAUGAGGCAGAAUUUGGACCUGAACGCAGGGUCAUUGCUUUCCAAAACCUGGGCAUCCAGUGUGUGCGAAGGAGAGAAGUGAGAGAUGCCAUAUUGCAGAGAGUUGCACAAGGCAUCAACCCUUUCAAUGUUCCUCGGGAACAGCUGCUGCAGACUGAGCAGUAUGAUCUGAACGUAGUGCGUCUAUGCUUCCAAGUUUACCAGCAAGAUGAGACUGGGCUGUACAACAUCACACUGCCUCCCAUCGUCUCAAAUCCCAUCUAUGACAACAGGGCCCCAAACACAGCCGAACUGCGAAUUUGCCGGGUGAACAAGAACAGUGGCAGUGUGAAGGGAGGUGAUGAGAUCUUCCUGCUUUGUGACAAGGUGCAGAAAGAAGAUAUUGAAGUGAGGUUCUUCACUCAGAACUGGGAGGCCAAAGGCUCCUUCUCUCAAGCAGAUGUGCACAGGCAAGUGGCCAUAGUGUUUAAGACGCCCACCUACUGUGACACCACCAUCACAGUUCCAGUCACAGUGCAGAUGCAGCUGCGCCGUCCGACUGACCAGGAGGUCAGUGAGCCCAUGGAGUUCAGAUACCUACCUGAUGAUAAAGAUCCCUAUGGCUUGAAGAAGAGAAAAAUUGAAAGCCUGAUGAAAUCCUUCCCUAAUUUUUGCCAAGGAGCCAUGAGCACUGUAAACAGACCAAAAGCAGUGCAUAACAAUAUGAGGGGUCAGAUAAUUAAAACUGAGCCAAAAAAUGUUUAUCAUUUGCCAAGUCAUGGUGCGUUGCGAACAAAUCCGUCAAACUAUUACAACAAAGCCCCUCAGUCCCGCCCUAUGAUGCCACCUCUCUCAGAAACCCCAGUUUCUGUGGCUCUCAACCAACCAUGGCCUAACCCAAUUGUUAAUGCCACUGGAACCAGUAAUGGGGUGGGCCUACAGCAAGUGAAACCAAGUCCCAGCAUGCCCACCACAGCGGAAGGAAGUGGAAACAGCCUCCCCCUACUGACUUCUACGGACCUGGAUAUGGAGUUUCUUCAGUCCAAUGGCCUAACAGCCAGCCAGCAUCGACAGGAACAACAGAGCCAGCAGAUCCAGCAGUCCCAACAGCCACCUCAACGGCAGGAGCCACUGCAAGGAGUAGAUACCUGGUACUAUGGCCUCCAACAUUCCCAAAGCACACAAAAUGGAGCAGCAAGCACAGGUGUGUCAAUGGGAGUAGGCUACCAGUAUGCAAGUGGCUUAGAUGAUGAGAUCCUACAAAACUUAAUGGGCGGCAGUCAGACAGGCCUCCACUUGAAACAGGAGAAUCAAGGGCCUAGUAACUUGGCUAUGCUGGGCUCCAACUGCACAGCAUCCUCUGAUUGUACACAAUCUUUCACUGCCCUGCUGAACUGCCCCAACACCAAUGAAAGUACUCAGGAGACCAUAAGACAAAUGGAGGCCAGUGGUCCAAAUCAGAGGUGCCAGCAGAUAGCAUACUCCACCACCAGCAUGGGGCAGGAGAGCCACUUUGAUUCUUUGUCCUGGCCGUACUACCCUGAAUAGUAAAAUCCAUAAUUAUUCAAGACGAAUUCAAAGGAUACAAAUGUUCACAACUAAGAGCAAUUUUUUUCUUUAAACGUUGGAUCUGAUUUGAGUUAACUGAAUGUAUUUAAUAAAUAUCAGGUGGGCCCGAGGUCGUAGAAUGAGGCCAGUACUGUAAAAUUCUGCCAACAUUUUGGUAAUUCAGAGAAAUUUUAUGAAACAUAUAUGUACAUAAUUGUUUGAUGGUCAUGUUUAAGGAGAUUGGGAUCAUUUGUCCACAAACUAAAGUGUGGCAAGGGAAAUGUGUUCCUUAAAGUGGGAACUUGCAGGGAAUUGUCCCUGGGUAAUGGCUAUGCCAUUUUAAGCAUGAUUCUUAUCCAAAGUUCUCAGAAAACAGUUUUUAAACUAAAUCAUACUGUCUUUCAUUGGUAGCUCAAAAGUAAUAUGGUUUUAGAAACAAAUGCCAAUGUUUUGUUUUCGCUUUAUUCAACAUACAUUUUUCCUAAUUGUAAAGUUUGACUUAACAUUGCAUUUUCUGUAGGUGAAUUUUUGUAUUUUUUUUUAUUAAAAUGUAUACUACUGAAUGUGGAUUUUGUGAUCUUUUGAGAUACAGGUAUAUGGUGUAUAUAGACUGGUGAAGUCAUAUAUAUGUAUUGUGUGCACAAAUAUUAGGUUAAUUGUAUUCCUCAGGAUUAAUUUUAUUGUUGAACAAACAAUGCUCUAAGUCAAUCCAAAUCUAAAUCAAACCUGAAUGUAUAACAACGGAAACAUGAGUUUUGUCUUUCUCAGGGGGAUAUGCAAGUGUGCACAAUUAUUAGGCAGCUAUUUGUGUUCAAUUAUUAGGCAACUAAAUUACAAUAAGAAUUUCUCCCAACUCAAUUGUUUAUUCUAAAUAUUUAGAGUAAGUGCAACAAAUAAGUAACAAAAUGACAAAUAAAUAACUUUUAUGGACUUUCAAAAAUAUUCAGUGACCAAUAUAGCCACCCUUCUUUUCAAUAACUGCCAUGAGCCUUCCAUACAUGGAGUGCCAAUGUCUUGAGCUGUUCACGAUCAACUUUUGCUGAAGCAGCAACCACAGCCUCCCAAAUGCUGUUCAAAGAGGUGUAUUGUCUUCACUCACUAUAAAUCUUACAUUUGAGAAGUGCCCACAAGUUCUCAGAAGUCAGGUGAGGAAGUGGCUUUAUUUGGGCAUAUUUGAGGCUAUUGCUGGCUAGUUAAGCAGUGGAGUACUUAGAUGCAUGUGAUGGCUCAUCGUUCUGCAUAAAGAUCAUGGCCUUCUUGAAUGUUGAGGACUUAUUCCUGUACCACUGCUUGAAGAAAGUACUUUCCAGAAACUGGCAGUAGGUUUCGGAGUUGAGUUUCAGUCCCUCUUCAACUUGAAAAGAUCCAACUACCUCAUCCUUAAUGAUAGCAUCCCAUACCAGUACCCCUCCUCCACCUUGCUGGUGCCUGACUCGAAGAGGUGCCCUGUGUCCAUUAGUGAUCCAGCCAUGGGCCCAUCCAUCUGGUCCAUCAAGAGUCACUCUCAUUUCAUCUGUCCAUAAAACCUUUGAAAAAUCUGUCGUCAGGAAUUUCUUUGCCCAAUUUUGAUGCUUCAGCUUGUGAAUCUUCAGUGGUGGUCAUGUUUCAGCCUUCUUGACCAUGGCGAUGUCUCUGAGCACAUGACACCUUGAACUUCUGAACACUCCUGGUAGGUUGCAGUUCUGGAAUAUGGAAGCAUUGUUGGAAUAUGUUAGUUCACAUUUAAUUCCUCAAGUCUUUUGCAGUUUAUUUGUGCCUUUAUUUCUCCAUGUGUUUUUUGCAUACCAGUUGAUUAUUCGCAACAAAACUUUUGAUUGUCCGGUGGUCAUGCCUCAAUAGUUUAGCUAUUUCAUGAGUGUUGCAUCCAUCUGAAAGGCAUUUUACAAUAUUUGACUUUUCAGUGUCAGUUAAAUCUGAAGCUGUAAUGAAGCUGCCUUAAAAUUAUGCACACCUUGAUAUAAGGUGUUAGUUACUUUCACCACACCCUCCCUAAUUAUACAAAUACAUACCACCUGAAAAUGAUUGAAUCCAAUAAGCAUUCAAGUUUAUAUGGUUUGGAGUCGGAAAAUGUGCAUGGAAACUAUGAUCAGGUCAGAAUAUUCAAUUGCCUAAUAAUUGUGCACGCAGUGUAUAUCUGUAUAUAUAUAAGAGAGAGAGAUAUAGUUUAGAUUGUAAAAUGAUUUGUUGCAAAAAUAAAUAAAUAAAUUACUAUUAUGUGAAAUUUAUGUUGUUAAUAGUUUUGUUUGUUUCAGUCACCUAAUUUUAUGUUUCUUUUUCACAUUAA